AUGAAUGCCAUUCGGACGAAUUUUGCGGCCGUCUGGCUUCCCGACGGACGUGUAUUCGCGAUCGGCGGGCUGCAGGGCAAUGCCGAGUCAUCGGGCUCCUACCUCUCCUCCGUGGAAAUGCUUCAGCGUCCCUUUCAAAAAGUCGGACCUUGGGAGAACGACAGUCCUGUCCAAUGGAAGUUUGUUGCGCCCAUGCUGGGAGCUCGUGCUUGUCAUGCGGCCGCAGUUGUGGGCAAUAAGGUCAUCGUGGUUGGUGGCCGAACCGAUCCUACGCCCGGGCAGUAUCUCGUUACGGUAGAGCUCUUCUGCCCUCCAAAGGACGACAACAGUCCUGGUCAGUGGACGUCUUUAGGCAACAAAUUAUCCCGACAAAUGCCGAUUACAGCGACUGUGUUAUUCAAUGGUAGCAUCUAUAUAUUUGGUGAGUCUUUGGAUUAA